AUGGCCAACUCAGGUCAAGAACAUGAAAUUCAUUACAAUCUCGUCGAGGACGAUGAAUUCGAUAUUGUGAACAUCGUAGUUGAAGGCAUGGAUGGAAUCCAUGGCGCUGGCGCAGCAUCAUCCGUGUCCGUUGGUGUGGGAAUAAAGGCUCCAAUUACUUACCAACCACGCAUUCCAGGGCGCCCUCUCUCCCAAAAGUGGCUUCAUGAGAAGCUUGGAAAGUAUCCAGCCAAAACACAUGUACAAAAGGUGAUCGAGGAGCUUGAUGCGCCUAAGAGCGGUCUCAUUUACCUCCGAGGCUUCGAUGAACCACUCUAUCCAUACUCGGACCAGGGGCCACCGUUUCGGCAGCAACGACAUUUCUUCUACCUCAGCGGCGCCGACUUCCCCGGUUGCGCAGUCACCUACGACAUCCCCCGCCAGGAGCUGAUCCUUUGGAUCCGCCGUAACGACCCACGCCUAUCCCUAUGGUACGGCAACACACCCUCCAUCGACGAAUCCAAAUCCAAAUCCGACGUCUCCGACGUCCGCUACAUUGACGGCCUCACCGCGUACCUCCAUGCCGUCCUGACUCCCGAAACCGGCGGCGGCGGACCUCUUUACGUCCUCUCCCCCGACCAGCUUCCCAAACUCUCGCCCUCGCCACCUCAAUACAGCUUCUUCAAGGGCAUCCAUGGAACCGGAUCUAGAGGACUAAAAAUCGACACUACCUCCCUCCUCCCCGCCAUCGAAGCCGCGCGCGUGAUCAAAACCCCGCACGAAAUCUCUCGCAUCCGGCGCGCCGUGAGCCUCACCUCGCUCGCGCACCGCAUGGUCCUUCAACGGAUCAAGCACCUCACUAACGAGCGCGAAGCACACGCCGUCUUCGAAGGGUUCUGCAUCUCGCAGGGCGCACCGCACCAAUCGUACGCGGUCAUCGCCGCUUCGGGCCCCAACGCUAGCACGCUGCACUACGACGCCAACGACGAGCCGCUGGAGGGGAGGCAGACCAUGUUGUUGGAUGCGGGCUGUGAGUGGGGGUGUUAUGCUAGUGAUGUGACGAGGACGUUUCCGUUGAACGGAAAGUGGACAAAGGAGGGGGAGGAGAUAUACAAGGUGGUGGAGAGGAUGCAGAGGGAGUGUAUUGAUGCUAUCAGACCCGGGAGGUUGUACUACAAGCUGCAUUUGGUGGCGUGUUUGAUUGCGGUUGAAGAGUUGAUGAAACUGGGGAUUUUGUAUAACGGGACGAGGUCAGAGAUUUUGGCGAGGGGGACGGUAGCGGCGUUUUUCCCGCACGGGUUGGGGCAUCAUGUGGGACUGGAGGUGCAUGACGUUAGUGGAAGGGAGAGGCUGUUGUUGACUGGAUCUACCGUUUCUUCUUCAGGCUUGAACAGUCAAAGAGUUUCGGGGUUUCAAGAACCAAGAAGGCGCAUGAAGAGGGAACAAGUCACCCCCGAGGACUUGGCGGCCAUGUAUCGCGAGGCGAUGAUGGAUAGGGAUGACGUUGAGCAGAACGUCGUCGGGCCUCCACCUUACAAGGGGAGGCAAAGACUCAGGGAAAAUAUGGUCGUCACCAUUGAGCCUGGAAUUUACUUCCACCGCCCCUACAUCCAAUCCUUCUUCCUCUCCAACCCCGACCACGCAAAGUACAUCAACACCGAGGUACUAGACAAGUACUGGGACAUUGGCGGCGUGCGCAUCGAGGACUGCAUCCUGGUCACCAAGGACGGGUACGAGAACCUGACGACGGCGCCCAAGGGUAAGGAGGCAUUGAAGAUCAUUAAUGCGGGGAUCCCUGGGUUUGGCGAUGAUGGUCAGGCUGGCGGUGGGAGCUCGUAG